AUGGCUUCUGUUGAACUUCAUUUUCUUGAGAAGUUUGCUAGUGGUUUGUUGAUCUUACACUUAACGCGCACUGUGAGGUGUAAUUAUGCCAAUAACUUCCACAAACCAUCGCUGGUAGUUGGUUUUCUUCUCAUCUCGCGUAGCUGGGCGUUGGUACAACCUAGUAAGCUAAAAAAUGUUUUCAGGUGUGAAAUUUAUUCCCCGGGACCAGUUUGUAGACUUGAGUUCUGCCCCCGAAAGAAAGGAAAAAAUCAGUUAGGAGGAAGGAAAAGACUAAGAAGAAAGGGAGGAGCUCUAGGGACAGUUCUGAUGAUGACGGGCUUGAUAAGAUCAAGAAACGAUCUAGGAAGAAGAAGUGGUAUUCGUCCGAUGAAGAUUCUUCUCUUUACACAAGUGAAAGUGAGAGUGAUAAAGAUGAAAACAAGAGAAGGAGGAUAG